AUGUUCGUAGCUUUACCAAGUGUGCUGUUCACCAGCAAACCCUCAAGGAUACGUACUGUUAAGAUUGAAAAGCGUAGAACGUUAUUUGCCUGCGACAGGGCGAAAGCAGGCACCGAUGGGAACGCUAGCAACGCUGCGGCGUCAGCACCGAAACCCUCUGCUGCGAGCAGCGGGCGAUCUGCUGGUACUGCAGCUCGAGACCAGGUAACGAUCAGUGCCCAGACGAGUUCGUCAAACUCGCGGACGAUAGAUCGAAGCACCGAUUCAUCGCAAACAGUACAGGUUGCGUCCAUGUUUGACUCGAUGACGAAGCGCCGUGAGGCUGCUCGCCGCGAGGCGCUGAGCAUCGUCGUGCUGGGCGCGUCCGGGGAUCUGGCCCGCAAGAAGACGCUCCCGGCGCUUUUCUCACUCUACUACCACGAUCUGCUGCCGAGCGACUUUUAUGUGGUCGGCUACGCACGAUCAAACAUGACGAGCGAGGCGUUCCGGAACACGAUCAAGUCAAGUUUGACCUGCCGCGUUAUCGAAGGCCCCGAGUGCGCACGCAAAAUGGAGCAUUUCCUCUCGCGUUGUUUCUACGUUUCCGGAACUUAUCAUGAAACUACUGCAUUCCGAACGCUGGACGAGUUUCUCGUGAACGAGUUUGAGAAAGAGCGCUGGAAUCGCGGGGUUCCGACCAAUCGCCUCUACUACUUGGCGAUUCCUUCCAACGUCUUCGCUGAGGCCUGUCGCGGCAUCGCCCAUGCCCACACCAAGCCUCCGGAGUCGACCAAGGGCUGGAUGCGGGUCGUCUUGGAGAAACCGUUCGGGAGAGAUCUGGAUACCUUCCAGACCCUGCACCAGGAACUGCAAUUGUACAUUAGCGAGGAACAAACCUUCCGCAUUGACCAUUACUUGGGCAAGGAGCUCGUUCAGAACGUGCUGGCGCUGCGCUUUGCGAAUUAUUUUUUGGAGCCUCUCUGGAACAACCAACACAUCCAAUCUAUCCAGGUGACGUUCAAGGAGAACUUUGGUGUCGAGGGACGCGCUGGCUACUUUGACCAGUACGGAAUCAUCCGCGACAUCAUGCAGAAUCACCUGCUGCAAAUGGUGGCGCUCUUUACGAUGGAACAGCCGGCUUCUUUGAACGCCGAAGAUAUUCGUGACGAGAAAGUGAAAGUCUUGCGCAGUUUGGAAACGCUACGUGCUACAGAUUUCGUCAUCGGGCAGUAUAUGGGGUAUCGGGAGGAAGACGGCGUUCGUCCGGGCUCCAAGACGCCUACGUUUGCAGCGUGUCGGAUGAACAUUCGAAACCGACGCUGGGACGGUGUACCGAUCCUGGUCAAAGCGGGGAAGCAUUUGGAUGAACGCCUCGCGGAAGUGCGUGUCACGUUCCGCAGUGUGCCUGGUAGUAUUUUCUCGCUUGCGAAUACCCUGCCGAACAAUGAGCUUGUUGUUCGCGUUCAGCCCGACGAAGCCAUUUAUCUUCGCAUCGUCAGCAAAUCCCCGGGGUUGACCUCUCGCCUAGAAGAGGCGCGUCUGACGCUAUUCUACCGGACGGCCUGGGAAGAAGCGCACGACAUUCCCGAUGCCUACGAGCGCCUCAUCUUGGACGUCAUCUAUGGUGACAAAUCGCUCUUCAUACGAAGCGAUGAAUUAAAAGUCGCCUGGGAGAAGUUUACGCCGGCGCUUCACGAACUCGAGCAGAGCGACCGCUAUCGACCGGUACCGUACGUAGCGGGCAGUCGCGGCCCUGCCGAAGCCGACUACCUUGCCGCGCGCUACGGAUGCGUUUGGGCCAGCGACCUUGACAUUGGCGGCAAGCGACUGCAAAGCAAGGUGCCGUAA